AUGGCUCGCACACAAAAAAACAAAGCGACAUCGUACCAUUUAGGAACGCUAAAAGCUAAAUUAGCAAAAUUACGUAAAGAACUUAUAACACCUCAAGGAGGAAGUGGAGGUGGUAGUGGUGUUGGUUUUGAUGUUGCGAAAACUGGAGUUGCGAGAAUUGGAUUUGUUGGAUUUCCAUCAGUAGGAAAAUCCACUUUAAUGUCAAAAUUAACUGGAACAUUUUCAGCCGUAGCUGCCUAUGAGUUUACCACAUUAACGACUGUACCCGGAGUACUUCAAUAUAAAGGAGCCAAAAUUCAAAUUUUAGAUUUACCCGGUAUUGUGGAAGGUGCUAAAGAUGGAAGAGGAAGGGGUAAACAAGUUAUAGCGGUGGCUCGUACUUGUUCAUUAAUAUUUUUGGUAUUAGAUGUAUUAAAACCUCUUACCGAUAAAAAAAUCAUUGAAACGGAAUUAGAAGGAUUUGGGAUUAGAUUAAACAAACCACCACCCAAUAUUUAUUUUAAAAAAAAGGAAAAAGGAGGAAUUAAUAUGACAAAUACAGUACCAUUAACUCAUUUAGAUUUAGAUCAAGUUAAAGCAGUAUUAAGUGAAUAUAAAAUUCAUAAUGCGGAUGUUAAUUUUAAGUGUGAUGCAGAUAUUGAUGAUUUAAUAGAUAUUAUUGAAGGAAGAGUUUAUAUACCUGCCAUAUAUGUAUUGAACAAGAUCGAUCAAAUUAGUGUAGAAGAAUUAGAUUUAGUAUAUAAAAUUCCACACGCGGUUCCUAUUUCGGCUCAUCAUGAAUGGAAUUUCGAUGAACUGUUAGAAAAGACGUGGGAAUAUCUAAACCUUAUUAGAAUUGCACCAGUGGUUUUAAGACAAAAUCUUCGAACUAUAGAAGAUUUUUGUAAUAGCAUUCAUAAAGGAAUUGUUAAACAAUUCAAAUAUGCGUUAGUUUGGGGCAGUUCCGCUAAACAUCAACCACAAAAGGUAGGAUUAACUCAUGUUCUUCAAGAUGAAGAUGUUGUUCAACUUGUCAAACAAUAA